AAGAAAACAUACACAUACGAGCAUAUACGCGCGCGCUUUUAUGCGUCGGCAGUGUGCAAAAGUGUCGUCUAAAGAUUAGUAAAUAAAUAAUAAUAAUAACAAUAAAGAAAAGCCAGAGAAUUGCGAACCAAAACAAAUCAGAAACAAACAAGUGUGCAGACAAGUGUUGACAAAAAGCAUGUCCAGUGCACAAGUGUCGCAACCGCCGCCCACAACGUUGCCCAGCGGUGUGCCGCACCAGCAGCAGCAACAACAACAGCAACAUAUUAGUCACUUGCUAAGCCACAUAGCCGCUGCUCAGCAACAACAGCAACAACAGCAACAACAACAACAGGAACAGCUGGACUAUCAGCACGAUAACAACAGCAAUAAUUCCGAAUUGUCGCCACGCUCGAGUCCCAUCGCCACCGCUGUCGCAGGUGGUGCACGCACUCCCAGUCCCACACAUUCCUCAGCCACCACUGGCUCACCCUUCAGCGCCUACGCCUCCAAUCACAGUCCUACGGUACAGGACGCAGCACACGAAUCACCGCCAAAAAGCACCACAGUGCCCAAUACACCUGUUAUGCCGCUGCUGGUCGCACCCAUACCCGUAGCUGGUGCCCCUCAACGUCUGGCCUGCUACUCACCCACACACAUUGCCGUUUCGCAGUCGGCUCCAGUUUUGCCAGCCCAGCAAGGGGUGGUACCACCGCCACAAGGGGUAGCACCACCGCCUCCACAUGCCCAUCCGCACGCACAUCAGCGCCUCUACGUCGAAGGCUUUCCCCAUCACGUGCCACAUCCCGCUUUGGUCAAUGGAUAUCCCUUGCCACGCCUCCCCUUGGCAGCGGUUAUGUUGCCCGGCAACGCGCCACCUACGUUGCCUCCGGCGCCCAUUUCCAGCUGUUCACCCCCUGUGGCUGCCGGUGCUCAACCACUCAGCAAUACCACACUCGCACCACCUCAGAGUCAGCCCAAGAAAUCCUUCUGUAUCGAUGCCCUGCUGGCCAAGAAUCAGUCGGUCGAGAAACAUCACCAGCCCCCGGUCGAGGAUAUGAUCGUGGAUGAUCGUCUCGCCGCCCUGCAUUAUGCCCGAGAUCAGGCGGAGCUCAACCACGCCUUUGUGGCGGCUUCGAAUGCGGCCGCCGCAGCAGCUGCUGUCGGCAUGAGCGAUCAUGAGGCGUUGCAGCGUAUACGCGAUUCCAGGGAAUACGAUUCGCCCAGUCCCGACGGCAUGUCAAGAUCUGAAUCUCCCAGCUCAUCGCAUCGCUCCAGUCCGCCCAUAAGUCCCGGCUGCGAGGAUCAACAGCCCCAGCAUCCACACCAUCCACAACAUCUGAGCAUGCGGAUGUCCGAUCUGCACGAUGAGUUCAAGAAGCCCGUACCCCCACAUAGUCCGAUUAGGCCACAGGACUUCCCGCUUUAUGCUGGCGGUCAUCCGUAUCAGUUGCUGGCACAGGGUGGUUCAGCAUUUCACAGACCGCUGGAUCCCUCGGGAAAACCCAUACCGGUGAGUAAAAAAAAAUGCACUGUUCUGAAAAUUCCAGCAAGUCUGAUUUCCUCUGCUUCGAAACAGCUGCCCAUGGGCCACAAUUUUAUGCCAUCGCAGCUGCAGUUUGAGUUUCUGGCACGGGCUGGCAUGCUGCAUCAUCGCAUACCCGAACUGGCCGCCUAUCCGCACCAUGCCAUAUUAGGUAAGACCCGUCGUCCCCGCACCGCCUUCACCUCCCAGCAGCUGCUCGAACUGGAGAAACAAUUCAAGCAAAACAAAUAUUUGUCGCGACCCAAGCGCUUCGAGGUGGCCAGCGGGCUGAUGUUGUCCGAAACGCAGGUGAAGAUCUGGUUCCAGAAUCGACGCAUGAAAUGGAAACGCUCCAAGAAGGCACAACAGGAGGCCAAGGAGCGGGCCAAGCAACAACAACAACAACAGCAACAACAGCAAAACUCAAAUGCCUCCAACGUCGCCGCCAACUCAGCCAGUUAGUCGAUUUAGGCGUUUGGAGCCACGAAUAUCUAGUCAUGAACUCUACUGCUUUGUCUUCUUCUUAUUCGAACAACCGUCCCUCUGCCCCCACGCUCCACCACUCCGCCACUCCACCACUCCAGGGCUCAACAAUAUUGGGUCUUCAUUUGAUGAGAUUGCGCAAAAUUAGCCGCGAUUUUGUUUACUUUGGCAAUUAGUUGAAAUUUUCGUUUUGAUUUUUGUCCAGCCUUUGAGCGACGUGUGGGAAAUGUUUUUGCGGGCAACAAGCAACAACAACUCUAGUUACAACAACAACAACAAAAACAACAUGAGCGACAACAACAAAACGCAAUGUGUGAUAUUUGUAAACAAGAAAUAUAAAAUUCAAUGGCAACACAAAAGUAUUUUCCGAAUGUACAUAAAUUUUGAAUUACAUUUAAAAUAAAUGAGAUUAGUUUUUAGUUGUGUGCCAUGUGUGUGUGUGUGUGUGUGCUCAUAUUUGUGAGUGAGUGUGUAUGUGUGUGUGUGUGUGUGUGAGUGUGUGCCGAACGACAUGCAUUUUGCGUAAUUCUUCAUGUAAUUGUGUAAAUAUUUGUAAUUAUGUAACUCGAGCGAUGCAUGUUUGUAGCAAUUUGGCAAUUUGUAGUAAAUUUAAUUGAAUUUAUUUUGGGUAACCAACAAUAAAAUGCGCUGUAAAAAUA